UAAGGAUUCUAAAAAUCAUUAUAGUGAUGACACGUGACUAUGAAAACAUGUUGUAAUGCUCGAUGAUUAAUAUACCGGGGAUAUUUGGUUUCCCAAAUUACUGCCUAAAAUUAUAGUUUCCAAAAAAAUUUGUUAUCUUUGGUCAACAUAAACAAUAUUUGGUUUCUUUUUUUGGAUCAAAUUUUUAAAUUUUGCUUUUACCAAUUUAGUAACUUAAGAAAGACAACGUGGAUGAUAUUUGACUCAUUAAUUUAUUACCAAUUUUAGUCGAUUUUCUUAGCAUCUCUGUAUAUAAAAACAUCACAAUCUUAUCAUAUUUUUCAUCUGUUAAAUCCAAUCACAGCUUGUCGUCCCAACUCAUUAAAUUUAAUCCAGUCCUUCUGUGAUUGUUUCAACUAAUUUCUGUUUACAUGCAUAAAACUCUUUAAUCUCCAACUUCCCUAUCCACAAAAAGUUUGAAGUUUCUUUUUUUUUUUUUGUAAAAGCAAAGACUGUAAACAAUUUUUUUUUUGGUCAAACAGACUCUGUAAACAAUUAAGUUAUAAAAUUUAGAAGAAAAUGACUUCGCAUGGUGAAGGCAUCGAAGAGGAGAAAAUAUCGAGAAUUGAGAAAGGCAUAGAAAAAGAUUGUCAUGGAGGAAUCGAGAGAGUCAUAUGUUCUUCUCCCAGCAUUGUUUGCCUUACACAAAAGUUGAUAGCAGAGUUGAUUGGGACGUAUUUCAUAAUAUUUUCUGGAUGUGGAGUGGUGGUGGUGAAUGUGUUGUACGGUGGAAAAGUAACGUUUCCAGGGAUAUGUGUGACUUGGGGUCUAAUUGUUAUGGUCAUGAUUUACUCUAUCGGUCACAUCUCCGGUGCACAUUUUAAUCCUGCAGUCACCAUUACUUUCGCUGUUUUCCGGCGGUUUCCUUGGUAUCAGGUACCAUUGUACAUUGGUGCACAACUUUCUGGAUCGUUACUUGCGAGUUUGAUACUUAGACUUAUGUUCAAUGUCACACCCGAAGCUUUCUUCGGAACAACUCCGGCUGAUUCAGUGGCACGAGCGCUCGUCGCAGAGAUCAUUAUCUCAUUCCUCCUCAUGUUUGUUAUCUCCGGUGUCGCCACUGAUAGUCGUGCGAUUGGAGAAUUAGCUGGAAUUGCGGUAGGGAUGACUAUAAUAUUGAACGUCUUUGUAGCCGGACCGAUUUCUGGAGCAUCAAUGAAUCCAGCAAGAAGUCUUGGACCAGCAAUAGUGAUGGGAGUAUAUAAAGGAAUUUGGAUUUACAUUGUUGGUCCUAUCGUCGGUAUCAUGGCCGGAGGUUUUGUUUACAACUUUAUAAGAUUUACGGAUAAACCACUCCGAGAACUAACUAAAAGCGCUUCUUUCCUUCGUAGCGCUUCUCCUGGUCCUAACAGAUAAUCCUUUGCUCUCUUUUUUUUUUAAUCUUAUUGUUACUUGUUGAAUAUUUUUUACAUUUUUCUAGUAACUUAAUUAUGGUUGAAUCAAAUCUGGAAAACAUAACUUUACAUGUUUUGCUCAUCUAUCUACCAACAAUCGAUUUCCUCAUUUCCACUAGACGUCACUUUGUUUGUACCUGAAAUGUUGGAGGUGGUUCGCAUGAAGGAACUAGCUGCAUGGUGUGACAAAUAAGAUUUACACUGUAAUUAAAAGUGAAUCACGUAUAUUCUAUUAGAUGAUGGGUGGUGCAUAUCAUCUAGAGAGUAGAAGUUAGAAGUCUGUAUCUUCUCUGAGUAAACCACACAUUUUUAUCAAUGGAAGGUGAGUGGUACAAAGGUUAAAAAGAGAGGCUUACUUUUGAAGACACUAAGAACAAAAAAACUAGUUUAACAAAAAGAAUUAAUGCACAGUUCUCUCGAUAUUAGUUGUCUUUUAUUAGAAAUCAAUAAAAAAAAAUUACACCUUUUGUUAAUUAGAUUGAUUCGACUUUAUGAAUCGCCAGGGACUAAUUUCUAAUUUACCCAACCUUUAUCUUACAAUCAAGUUUUCCAAAGUAUUCAACUCCCAAAACCUUAUUAAACCUCACACAACUCUAAAGUUCUCUAGUCUAAUCCUAAUUUAAUCUAUUGGGCUAGAUAAGUUUGAAUUUUCUGAUCCACCCUUAUCUUUAAGCUAUGUAUUAUUGUCAAUCUUACCAAUAACUGACAACAUGUCAUCAUGAUUGUGACUGUUGAAUGUCAAAGUUGGUCCUAACAAUCAACAGUCAAAACGGCUGCCACUGUUAUUUUUCUUAUUAUUUCUAAUAAUCGCGAAGUUAAACCUUUGUUGCGUAUGCCAGGAAAAAAAGUCAAAUUAUAAUCUUAGGCUGAGCUAAUCCCUCGGUUAUUAAACACUAAUAAUUAAAUUGGUUUACUAGACAGAAGCAGAGCCGGCCUUUGGUAGAAACAAACGAAGCACAUGCUUCUAGCCGUUGAGUUUAUGAAUAAAAGUCGGCCGUAAUUUUGAAGUUUCUCCUUUGGUGUAGUGGUAUAGUUUCGUUAGCUGGAACUCUGUUUCAGUAACCUGGGUUCGAAUCUUCGAUGAAACGACCAAUUCUUUUAAAUUUGCUUGUAGCCUUACAAUUUGUAGGACCGGCUCUGGACAGAAGCAAACAACAAGAGUAUGCAUCAAAGUGAUCGUCUUUGCAGCUACGAGCCCUUUCCCUCCCUUGUCUUCCAAGAGGUGACAGAGAAGAUACGGCCAGGAGUUACCGGCAGAGAAGGACGAUGAGUGGCUGGAGAUGGAGCCAAAGACACAGAAAGCAUCGCCAUCGUCGCUUGAAGAGAAUCGGGAGUGGGGUUCAUGAAAAGCUUUAGGGAUUUUAUGCUAUUUUAAAAUUAAUUUAACAUUUAAUUUCUAACUAAAUAUAAAUAUUAGUAUUAAUUAAAUCUGAGGCUAAACAUGGAUUAAAUUGAAAAUAAAAUGGUAUUAGGACAAUAGUUAGAAAUAAAAGAUUAUAAGGACCAGAGUUCAUUUUUUGACCCAAUUUGGCAAAUUUUUCUAUUUUGUUUUAUAAUGUUUUGGCUUUAGAUUCAAUUCUAAAAACUAAAAGCAUCUAAUCUAUUAAUUUAGGAUUCUAUUUUUAUUUACCACUAGUCCUUUUUCAGCGCUACGCGCGGAUUAUGUGCGUUUAAAUUUAUUUUCAGUUUUAUUACUAUGUAAAUUAUUUUGUUUUAUUUUCUGUAUUUAAUUUUAUUAUUUGAUAGUUUAAAAAUAAUUUUAGUCUCAAUUCUUCUAAUGUAUUUAUCAUUUGUAUCAUACACUUAAAAAUUAAGAACAAUUUCCUUUUCUACCAAUUUAAAAUUAUGAUCAACUAUGGGA